AUGGUAGAGCCAGUGGUUGAUCUUAUUGACAAGGGAUAUCUCCAAGGCCAUGUUCCUCUGGUGGUAUCCUGGCUGUUUGCAUCUUCCCUCGUACUUGGCAUAGGGCUCCUCGGGUCUUUUGGUCGCAUCCUUGAGAAAUACAGCCGAAGAUCAAUCCAAGCCCUUGAACAUUUCGCCAAGCACGACACGAAUGCUGGGCAGUACGCACUGAUCGCCAAAUCUCUCCUUUCAUCUGCGCUUGAGUACUUGGAAAAGAAAGAACUCAACGAGCGAAUUCAGCGAACGGAAAGCUCAUCACAGCUGUUUGGUCUUGUUCCACGCGAAGGCCAAGAGGCCCUGCCGCAGCAGUCGUACUCUCAGUCGGUCUCGGACCGUCGCAACUCGCUGGGUCGAAACUCUGGGGCCUCCGGCUAUCUCGGCCUCGGAACGCCACCUUUCGGUGACAUUGAUUCGGGAUUCCUGGGCUUGUCAGACUCUUUGCCCCAGACACCAAAUCUUUCGGCGUUUCUCGACGGGAGACUGGAUACUGGUGGGGACCCCGGUUUUGGGGAUCUCAAUCUCUUCCAGCUGCUGGACGGAGAAGGGCACAUCGACCUUGGAUCAUUCAUGUAA